AAUUCAAAAGACCAAUGGCUUCGAAGCUAUGUACCCUCUCAACAAUGGCGUUUCUUCUCCUCCUUCCCUUGUUCACCUCCUUAGCAUUUGCAGACACUUCUCCUUCAACUCCUGUCACCCCAGCAACUGCAUGUAGUUCCACCCCCGACCCUUCUUACUGCAAGUCCAUCCUCCCCUCCCACCAGAAAGGCAAUGUCUACGACUAUGGCCGUUUCUCCGUCAGCAAAUCCUUAUCGCAGUCUCGUAAAUUCUUGAGCCUAGUCGAUAAGUAUCUCAGACGACGAUCCACUUUAUCCGCCGCCGCCAUUCGUGCACUCGAAGAUUGCCGGACGCUGGGCGAGCUCAACUACGACUUCCUUUCAAAUUCCUUUCAAACUGUGAACAAGACGACUAGGUUUCUUCCGAGUUUGCAGGCUGAUGAUAUCCAAACCCUUCUCAGCGCUAUCUUAACUAACCAACAGACCUGCCUCGAUGGCCUCAAAGACACAGCUUCGGCUUGGAGCGUCAAGAACGGACUCUCCGUCCCACUUUCUAACGAUACCAAGCUGUACAGUGUGUCCCUGGCUCUGUUCACAAGAGGCUGGGUUCCCGAAGCCAAGAACAAAACGACUGCAUUUCAGCCAACCAAGAAGCAACUUGCCUUCGGAAAUGGGCGUUUGCCGCUUAAAAUGUCAAGCAGGACUCUUGCCAUCUACCACUCCGUGAGUCACAGAAAACUGCUUCAGACAGCCACCGUGGGCGGUGACGUGGUUGUUGUGAAGGACAUCGUCACGGUGAGACAAGACGGAACUGGAAACUUCACCACCAUCAAUGACGCCAUUGCCGCCGCUCCAAACAAGUCCUCCUCUGCCAGCGGCUACUUUCUCAUCUACGUCAGCGCAGGUGUUUACGAAGAAUAUGUGAGUAUCGAUAAAAAGAAGACAUACUUGAUGAUGGUGGGAGACGGUAUCAACAAGACAAUUAUUACCGGCAACCGAAGUGUCGUUGAUGGGUGGACCACCUUCAACUCCGCAACUUUUGCUGUGGUAGGACAAGGAUUCGUCGGGGUGAAUAUGACGAUUCGUAACACGGCGGGGCCGGAAAAACACCAGGCCGUUGCAGUUCGAAAUGGAGCAGAUUUAUCGACGUUUUACAGUUGCAGCUUUGAGGGUUACCAGGACACGUUAUAUGCGCAUUCUCUGAGACAGUUCUACAGAGAAUGCGAUGUGUACGGCACGGUAGAUUUCAUAUUCGGGAACGCCGCCGUGGUACUCCAGAAGUGCAAUCUGCAUCCUCGUUUACCCAUGAGCGGGCAAUUCAACGCCAUCACGGCACAGGGGCGAACCGACCCGAAUCAAAACACGGGCAUUUCGAUCCAUGACUGCAGCAUCAGAGCAACCGACGAUUUGGCUGCGGCCAAUGGUUCGGUGAGCACGUACCUCGGGAGGCCAUGGAAGGAGUAUUCGAGGACGGUUUAUAUGGAGAGCUUUAUGGAUGGUGUGGUAGCGAGCGCGGGUUGGCAGAAAUGGGACGGAAAUUUCGCUUUAAGCACUCUGUAUUAUGCGGAGUUCAAGAACAGCGGGCCUGGGUCGAGCACCACCGACAGAGUGACGUGGCCGGGCUACCAUGUUAUUAACGCCACCGACGCUGCUAAUUUCACGGUGUCCAACUUCUUGCUCGGAGAUGACUGGCUGCCUCACACGGGUGUCACUUACACCAGCACCUUGAUAUAGAUAUAUCAUAGUAUAUUCUAAUUAAUUUAUUACUACCCAUUUUUUUAUACAAUAAAGGGGUCAUACCAAAAACAGAGGCGUUAUCAUCAUCAAUUAGUGAUGCGUAACACCCUAAUCAACCCCACAAAUUAAUUAUGCUCAGUUUCAAAGAUUGUUACUAAUUAAUUGGAUGCCAUUGCUUAAUUGAAAUUCAAUUAA